AUGCUGACCAAACUGGCAACGCUGUCCGCCGUCCGCGGAGUGUCGCAUUCCGUCACCAACGGGCUGAAACCAGCAGUCGUCGGUGCCGCAAAGGUCGAAAGCAAAUCUGCGUCCGCCGCAGGUCAGAUUCCCGUCGUUUCUGCCUCUUCCAGUGCUGGUCUGCCGAAUGGCAAUUUGCGUGUGGUUUCUAGCGUCACAGGAGCGACACAGAUCCGAUGCGCCCACACCGAUAUCCGCGUGCCGGAUUUCUCGGACUACCGUCGCGAACAGGUUAAACGCCCGAACGCGAAGAACGACAGUGCAGAUGAUCGUGCUGCCUUCACGUACCUGUUGGUUGGAGGUGCCGCCGUAUCGACCGCGUACGUCGCGAAAUCGCUGGUAUCGACAUUCGUGUCCUCGAUGAGCGCAUCCGCCGAUGUAUUGGCUAUGUCCAAGAUCGAAAUUAAGCUGGCCGACAUCCCCGAGGGCAAGUCGAUGACGUUUAAGUGGCGCGGCAAGCCGCUGUUCAUCCGCCACCGUACGGCAGGCGAAAUCGAAGCGGAACAGUCCGUCGCGGUUGCUACUCUGCGUGAUCCCCAGAACGAUGCUGAACGUGUCCAGAAACCGGAAUGGCUCGUCGUUAUUGGUGUUUGCACGCAUCUUGGCUGUGUCCCGAUUGCUAACGCCGGUGACUUCGGUGGCUACUAUUGUCCGUGUCACGGUUCCCAUUACGAUGCGUCCGGCCGUAUCCGCAAGGGUCCGGCUCCGCUGAACCUGGAAGUGCCGUUCUAUGAAUUCCCGGAGGAUGGUCUCCUUGUUGUCGGUUAAAA